AUGGUUGCUCGUAUACAAGCCAAGAUAAAUGCACCUUGCAAGGAGCAAAAAUGCGUUCCUCUAGCGACAGCGAAGCAUACCGCACAGCCAUCAUCAGAACUUGCAUCACCAUCACAACCACAGCAGUCUAAGCUUGUUCGGCGAAGGGGUUCUUCAGAUGCACCUAAGCUCACACCGUUGUUAAAGCACCGUAGGAAUCAUUCUUCGCCAACGGUUGGGGGAGGUUCAACAGCAGACAGCAGCCGAUCUAGGAGUAGAAAACGCCCGGGUGAAUCGAGCGAUUCAGAAAAAUCAUUCUCUUUCACACGCUUCAUAGUUACCGAAUCAGAAGCGAACUUUCCCCAAUCGACAAUUAACCGAUCUAAACGCUCGAGGAUAGACAUCCCACAAGGUCGGUCACACACCCGGUCUCCUCAGCUGAGUUCAGAGAUCACGUCUACAGUGGAUGUCAAUCUGUCCAAUGACACCUCCGCCAAUAUCAUGAUAUCAGACACACCUAACAAGAACAACAUUGUUGAUGUCGAUGAAGACAGCCUAUCGGGGGCCGAUCAAGUGAAGCGAAAGCUACAACUUGACCUUGCUCGUCUACUGAAUAGUGAGCCAGAUUACACUGGCAUACUACGUGAAGUUAUACCGCCCACGAAGCAACUUUAUGCGAUAAGAUGGCAUCGCAAACCCUACAGUGACCUGGAGAUUGAAUUCAGCAAUUUCAACCGAGCAUUGAUCCAUUGGGAAGAUCUUCUCAAGAGGCUCACGGCUUCCACUGGUAUCGCACAAUAG